CUCUCCCUAACGUCUUUUUUUAAUUUUUCUUUUUUCGUUUCUCGCUAUAUUAAUUAAUAAACAUGCAACUCGAUAAGAGUAAAAAAAAGUUCGACUUAUUUCGUAUCGCUACAAAUGAAAAUGGAAAAUUAAAUCUAAAGAUUUGUCCAUGGUAUGAUAUUUCUGGAUUACGAACAGAUUACGAUUGUAUCGUAAAGGCGCAACUAGUCAGCAAACUACGAAUUUUUAUUCUGGAUAACACUCUAAUGAUUAUUAUUUCAAUGUUCGGUUAAAAUCGUCUGCAAAUUCGGUAAAAUUCUGGAUCGACCGCUUACUUUCAAUCUGAUUUGAAAAAGGACGAUAAGGAAACGUGAAAGAAUAAAUUUGUAUUUACGAAAUCUUAUUAAUCGAGCUGAUUGAUUUUUUCAGUAAUAAUAUUUUCAACAUCAAAUAAAAUGUUAAAUAUAUUAAAAUUUUCACGUCAAACCUAUUCACAACAUCAGAACUUCUUGCAACGUUUAAAACGUUUUUACUCUGCAAAUGUAAAAUAUGAAACAAUAAAUUAUAAUAGAGAUGUAAUACAUUACCCAUCUGAUAAAUUCAAGAAAGGAACUGUCCUACAUGGUUUUAUAAUAGAUGAAGUUGCAAGAAUAGAUGAAAUGUAUCUUACUGCAGUAAGGUUGACUCAUUUAUCUACAGGAGCACAAUAUGUACACUUAGCCAGAGAUGACAGUAACAAUGUAUUUUCUAUUGGAUUUCGCACGACACCUAUGGAUUCUACUGGUCUACCACAUAUACUAGAACAUACAACUCUAUGUGGCAGCGAAAGAUACCCUUGUAGAGAUCCAUUUUUUAAAAUGCUUAGAAGAUCUUUAGCUACUUUCAUGAAUGCCAUGACUGGUCCAGACUAUACUAUAUAUCCAUUUUCAACACAAAAUUUGAAAGACUUCAGGAAUUUGCAAUCAGUGUACUUGGAUUCUGUUUUUAAACCUAAUCUUAGAGAAUUGGAUUUUCGACAAGAAGGAUGGAGAUUAGAACAUGCUGAUGUAAAUGACAAAAAUACUCCUAUUAUUUUUAAAGGAGUAGUUUUUAAUGAAAUGAAAGGAGUCUUUAAUGAAAAUCAAGCUAUAUUGGCUGAACGAUUGUUAAAUUCAAUCCUACCAAGUCACACAUAUGCAAUCAUUUCUGGAGGAGACCCUCUUGUUAUUCCUAAUUUAAAAUAUUCUGAUCUCUUAAAUUUUCAUGCAACUUAUUAUCAUCCUUCUAAUGCACGAUUUUAUUCAUAUGGGAAUUUUCCACUUGAAGAGCAUUUAAAGUUCAUCAAUGAUCGCUAUCUUUUCUUAUCAGACAGGAUUGAUACAUCUGGAUCACAAGUUCCUUCGGAAAAGCGAUGGGAUAAACCUAAAUAUGAACAUAUUUCCUGUAGACCAGAUCCUAUGAUUGCAGAUCCAAGUAGGCAAGGUUCUAUUGUAAUAGGACACUUAUGUAAUGAUAUAACUGAUGUGCAAAGAACAUUUGAAAUAUAUGUAUUGUCGCAAUUAUUGUUAAAAGGUCCAAAUUCAGCAUUUUACAAAAGUUUAGUAGAAUCAAAUAUAAGUACAGGCUUCGGUCCGAUAACUGGAUAUGAUGCGCAGUGUAAAGAUACCAUGUUUGUUGUAAGUCUACAAGGUGUGAAGCUUGAAGAUUUUUCUAAAGUAGAACAAAUUUUUGACGAAACUUUGCAAAAAGUCAUUACAGAAGGUUUUGAAAAAGAUCAUGUAGAGGCUAUUCUACAUGGUAUCGAAUUAAGUAUAAAACAUCAAACUUCAAAUUUUGGAUUACAUCUUUUGUUUAAUGUAACACCAUUAUGGAAUCAUAAUGGUGAUAUUAUUCAAUCACUGAGAAUCAAUGAAGCAGUUAAAAAGCUCAUAAAUGAAAUGAAGGAGAAUCCUCAAUAUUUACAAAAUUUAGUGCAGAAUUAUUUAAUAAACAACAAACAUAGAUUAACGUUAACAAUGUCACCUAAUGAGAGAUAUGAUGCUGAUAAAGCUGCUGCAGAACAAGAAUUGUUAACAAAAAAAUUAAAGGAACUAUCUAAAGAAGAAUUAGAUAAUGUUUAUAAGGAAGGAUUGAUGUUACUAGCUGAACAGGAAAAAAAAGAUGAUGCAGAAGUUCUUCCUACUUUGAGAAUACAAGACUUAAAAGAAGAUGUAGAACGAUAUCAAUUAACAAAUUUAAAUAUCUCUGGCGUUCCAUUGCAAGUGAGUGUACAACCAACUAAUGGAAUUUCUUAUUAUCGUGGAAUUCUUAAUACACAGAAAUUAUCACAGGAAUUAAAAAAUUUACUACCAUUGUUUAACAAUAUUAUUGCCAAGAUGGGUACAAAAAAUUAUGAUUACAGAACUUUCGAUCAAAUGAUACAGUUAAAAACUGGUGGCUUAAAUUUUAUGAAUCAUGUUGCUGAACAUAAAAGUAAUGUCAUGGAAUAUGAAGAAGGUAUUAUGAUAGAAUCUUAUUGUUUAGAUCGAAACAUGAAUGAUAUGUGGAAAUUAUGGUCAGAAUUAUUUAAUAAUGUAAAAUUAGAUGAUCUUCAAAGAUUUGACACAUUAGUUAAAAUGAAUGCAGCACAUUUAGUGAAUGGAAUUGCUGAUCAAGGGCAUAUAUAUGCAAUGAGUACUGCUAACAGCUUGGUUUCUUCAGUUGCUAAACUUAAAGAAAAUUUAUCUGGAUUGCAGUAUGUAGGAAGAAUGAAGAGUAUAGCACAACUUCAAGAUUUAACUCCAAUAUUGCAUCAAAUGAAGGAAAUUGCUAAACAUGUUUUAAAUAAAGAACAUUUAAGAUCUGCUAUUAAUUUAUCAAGUGAACAUAAAGAAAGUAUCUUAGAAAGGAUCGGUACAUUUUAUGAAUCAUUAAAAGAUAAUGCAAAGAAGCCAUAUAUUAUUACGUCAGCUGAUGAUAAUAAUGUUGAAGAAAGUUCAAUUCAUUAUGUUUUGCCAUACACAGUUAAUUAUUCUUCAAAAGCUAUUUUAACAGUACCAUAUACAAAUCCAGAAUAUGCCAUGUUACGUGUACUCUCUAAACUUCUUACAUCAAUUUAUUUGCACCCUGAAAUUCGAGAAAAAGGUGGAGCUUAUGGUGGUGGAGCUACAUUGACUUCUGCAGGAAUAUUUACAUUCUAUUCCUAUCGAGAUCCUAAUUCUACUCAAACAUUUGAUACUUUUGAUAGAACAUAUGAAUUUCUUAAGAAUUAUAAAUUGUCCCAAAGAGAAAUAGAUGAAGCAAAACUAGGAGUCUUCCAACAAGUUGAUGCUCCAGUAUCUCCGGGCAAUCGCGGUAUGCUUAAAUUCACUCAUAAUCUUACUAAUGACGAAAUACAAGCACACAGAGAACAGUUAAAAUGUGUAACUAAAGAACACAUUAUGGAAGUUGCUGAAAAAUAUCUACAAUUAGGACAAAAAAAUAUUAAAAUUGGUCGUGCACUUAUUGGACCAAGCAAUGAUGCUUUAUUGCAUAGAAAAAUUGAAAAUUGGAUCAUUUUUAAUCAAGAAGAAGAAGCUGAAGCAGAAGUAGCUAAAUAAGUAUUAUAGAAUAAUUACUUUAAAUUCAAAAUUGUUGUUAUUAUUUUCAAAAUAUUUAUAACAAUAUAUAUAAUGUAUGUAUUUACAUUCUAUUCAAAAAUUGUGAGGGAAAUAAUUCCGAAAGUCCUAGGGCGACACUAAGCGGCAAUCGUUAGAAGUUCGAGACAAAUAAUUUUUCCCAACAAAUUAAAGCAGAAUCCGAUAAUAAUGAGCUAUCAAAUGAAAGAUCAGAUUAUAAGGCAUAUUUAUAAGCAACAAGAUUUUUAGAACCAUCACUAUAAAAAUAGAAAAUGACAAAAAUGUCAAUUGAUUUACUCACGCAUAUUAUUUAUCAUGCGUAGAAAUCGCCGAAUAAUCAUCUUAUCAAUAAAGCUUUUAAUAAUUGCCGUUAGCGUUGAUGUCGGAAUAAUGGCGGCGUAAAAUCUUGUAAAUCUGAAAUGAAAGAUUUUGUUUUGUUAUAGAAUAAAAAAAGAACAUUUAUCGUUACUGUAUUGUAAAAUUGAUGAAACGAGACACGUAGUUUUGUAUAAACGUAAUCAUAUAUUUACAAUAAUUUUAUGUAUACAAAAAAUUAUGUGUUAUAAUUAUAUUAAUAUUUUUCUAUAAUUA